CGAGAUAUCAGUCAUUUACAAUUUUAAAAUAUCACAAUGUUGUAAACAUUUAACUUUUGGAGCUUUUGAAGAAUGGGGAUAAUCAUAAUUUUGUACUUCUGUAUUGGAUUUCAAGGCAUGGUCACAGGGACGAAAUCUCUUUCUGUGCAGACAUUUAAGGACUACAUACGUAUUUCUUGGACCCAAAUUGCGCAACCACCGGAACAAUGGACACUCACUUACAAUGUGAUGGGAACCAGCUACCAUUCCGUUGUAAAAGUUCCAGGGAACCAAAAUAACGCCAAAAUUUACACUACGAAUUACCCCGGAAUGUUUUAUCAAAUCAAACUUUUUGCAUCAAACAAUGGAAGCGAAACAAGUAAAGGAAUCGGAUUUGGAAUAUCAGAUUGUUCGAAUCAUAUAAAUACAACCCUCGGAUCUUCUUAUCCGUUUGAAUCAUUCGGAUAUCCUGGUGGCUUAAUGUUUGGCGCCAUCUGCACAUGGGAUUUUAUCGGCAGUAACGACACAUGGUUUAGAGUUCACUUUGAAGAUUUUGAUAUUGGAAAUAAUUCUUGCAAUAGUUAUCUAAAUGUAGGAAAUUCGAAAAUAUGUGGUAACGACAGUUUUAAUGGAACGUUGAUUAUACAGGAAAGACAACUGUCAAUGAGACUUCACUACAGGGAGACAACCUCCACUAAGGGGAUCAAAUUCACAGUAUCCGCAAUUCGUCGACUGGAAAGUCCGACAAAUGUAACAGCUAGGAUCGUGGACAAUAAUAUCCGCGUGGAAUGGCAACAACCAAACUACCACCCUCUGAAUUAUUCUUACAUCUUGAGGGUAUCACAUUUUCCGUUCAAGUCACACUUGGAUCUUAAUGUUGACGGAAACAAGACCAGGUAUGAGUUUGAAGUGACCAGUCACCAUGGACAGAACUUCAGUGUACAGCUACAAGCCGUGUCCGCGGACCUUUCUAGUCGUUUUACAGAUCCAGUGUUUACUUUAACAAAUUGUGACAAAGCUGUUUUCUUGAAAGCUACAGAAACUUUUACUCUCCAAACAGAGCAGUACCCACACUAUUAUCUCCCAGGACUGACAUGUCACUUCCGGUUCCAAACGGAAGAUGAUUUUCUUAUGCGCAUCCAGACUUACGACCUUGACAUUGGAGGCGGGAAAAUGUGUGACAAGACUUAUCUACUGGUCGAUAAUGUUGGCAAGUUUUGUGCGGAUUCUGUCCCUAGAACACACUUGAUUGUAAAUAAAUCAUCUAUGACAAUGACCAUAGCUACGAGUAAUGACGUCAUCGGGAGAGGUGUCAACAUAAGUAUCACUUCUGUCGCAAAACCACCAGAUGUACCUAUUGACGUCACUGCUUCUGAACAUGGUGAUCUAAUACAUCUUGCAUGGAAACCACCGUUACAACGGCAAGCUUACAUCAAAGGAUAUAAAAUACAGUAUUUCAUAGCACCAAGUACUCCAGGAGCAACUGUAUCUGUUGACAAAGAUGUAAACAAUCUAACAGUGAACACACAAGAUCAUCCCGGCAGGUUGUUUGCAAUUAGAAUAGCUGGAUUUAAUGACGGAGGAGUUGGUAACUUCAGCCAUCCAUUUUAUGUUCGAGCGGGUUGCGGCCGUAGUUUCCACCUUUCGCGGCUUGAGAGCGUAAAGAUCACAUCCCCAACACACGAUGGACUCUACGAAGCGGAAGUUGUGUGUCACUGGACCGUCCAAACUGACUCGCCUUUAUGGAUCAAGAUAAACGUCCACAAGUUGAUCUUAGAAGAUUCUGCUAACUGCACCAGGGAUUAUGUGAACGUGACUGGGAUCGGUCGUGUUUGUGGGUCACGUGACAAAUUUGACACUGUCGUUGUAAAAGAUACAAAGAUAGAAAUCAUAUUCAGAACUGACUAUCAAAUUGAAAGUGAAGGUUUUAUCUUUGAUGUUGUAGCUGUAGGUCGUGCACCUGGAGUACCUGAAAGUGUGAAUGUGACUGGGGCAGGAUUUUCUAUCAUGGUCAACUGGUCACCACCACAGCUUCACAGACGUUUUGUGACAGGCUAUAUCAUUCAUUACAAAUUUUAUGGUGAAAGCGUUAACAACCAUAGCAGAGUUGGCCCGGACACAUUUUACCAUGUAUUAGAUAUGACGUCAUAUCCGGGACGUCUUGUAGAAAUAUGGCUACAAGCCUCUGGUGAUACAGAGGAUAGCAUUUCAACAAAUACGACAUUAAUACGAAGUGAAUGUGGUCAAAGAUUGUUUUUGUCAUCAGUCAAAUACAUUUCUUCUCCGUAUUUCCAAAACAAUUUGUACAACAAUUUACAAUGUACCUGGGUAAUUGAAACAAUGAAACAAUUAAAUCUAGAAGUAACAUUUAUUCGGCUAAAUUUGAACAACAAUGAAAACAGAUGCAACAACUUUGUCCGUUUAAACAACAAUUCUUAUUGUGACGACUCUAAAGAAGGCAAUGGUGUAGUUUUGAAUGGUACAUCGCCAGUAGUUCUUCAGUUCCACACGUGGCCAUCAGGUGUUGGAGUAUACUUCCUUCUCAAAGUAGAGCCAAUAACAAAUAACCUUAUUGAAUCUGAAACAUCAAGUAAUGUGCCAAGUUUUUCCGAAGGCAUUUAUUCGUCAACGCCGCUAUUAUUGACAUCAUACUUGGGAACUCUUUUGGCGUCAUCGUUAUUGAUGUCAUCUCAGGAGGUUCAAACACAAGCGAAAACUUCUGGAAAUACAAAGAGUUUAGAGAAAUCAUACAUACCCUCAACAAUGUCGAGUAGUUUCACAUAUUUUCCGAAAAAGGUAUCGUCAACAGCUUCUGUCGAUAGCAGCAAAACAGAUUUAAGACCCAGCAAUUAUCAGGUAUCAUCGUUGAAUAAAACUCUAUUUUCAACUGUGGACAGUAGGUCUAAUUGUAACAAUAAGGAAUUAAUAUCAUCUGGGAUAUCUGAUAUUUUACCAACAGAGGCAUCGUCUUGUUUUACCCAGAUAUCAGCAUCGAUGACGUCCACCGCUUCCUUAAAGAUGGUUAUGACAGAACAAACAUUAGAUCAAGAUCAACAGUUCAUCUUAACUAAAGCAUCAUAUAUUUCGUCACUAUGUUUUACAGAAGGAUCCCAAUCUUUCACAAGUUCAUCGACAGCACAUUCCAGGAUUGUUUCAGAGAGUCUUACGGACUUCUCUUUUAAACUACCAACUGGCCAAAACCACGCUAUUUUUUCGCCAGGUUUGUCUGAUUCCGUGCUUUUUUCGUAUUCCUUUACGACCGAUUUAAAUGGAAGCAAAUUUUAUCCUACGGCAACACCAUUUAUAUCACCAACGCCCAGUAAUGUUCAAAUAAAAUCAAUAGCAUUAACUGUGUCUGAUGUGAUUUCGUUGGCAAGAACAAAUAUAACGACUCGAUAUCUUCAAAUAAAGCCGACAUCACUUGAAAUAAAGCCACCGUUUGACAUAAUGUCGUAUGAGCCCAGAAUAAAACCAACUGCUCUUGAGGUAAAACCAGAUUUGUUAAAAAUUGAGCCAAGCGGACUCGAAAUAACGCCAUCAACACUUGAAAUAUCGUCAACUGUGCUUAGAAUAAAGCCAACGGCAGCAUACUUGGAGAAAGAAAAUGAAACGAACAAUGGACAAGGCAUCAGUGAAUUGUUACAUAACACUCAUAUGCUUCAAACGUCUCACUUAGUGACCAUACCGGCAAUAAUAACAGUAUCUCUGAACGAUGUAAACAAAGUCAGACCAUCCAGGGAUGCAGGAAUAAAAGAUGUUUUGGUACACACCAAAAAUAAAGAUAUUAAAGAACAAGAAAGAGUUCCGUCAAGCGGGUAUUCGUUUAGAGAAUUCCACGAUCAGUUUGUUGGCAUUUUAGUCUGUGCUUUAUUCAUUAAAAUGCUAAAUAUCUAAUUAAGGUAUCCUGUUAAUCAAAACUAGCCAUGUAAUGAUAAUCUGAUUGAAAUGUACAUGAAACAACAAAAUAAGACGAAUUGCUUCGUAAACUUCAUCUUUUCUACUCAUUUGCCAUUGGUGUGAUGGACGUUAUAUACUACACGUACUAUACUGAGAGAUAUAUAUUCUUGCCGUGACACGGAUAAUGUUCAUUUGAUUUGGGACAUUCCAUUGAUGAUUUUGAGAAGUGUUUAAGAUUAAAAAUAAACAUGAUAUCAUUGACACAGUGGAGAUAUGUCAGAGUUUAGAUAGACAUGUACAUGUACAUGUAUCUGACUUUGCUUUUUUGUCAUAAUAU